AUGAACCCGAUUGUCAGCAAUUUCAACAAAAUUCGAUGGAAAUUCGAAAAAAUUCAAGAAUUACCAGCGGAUGGAAUAUAUAGUGAUAAAUUCACAUUCGAUUCUAUUGAUUGGUGAGUUUUUUUCUUUUAAAAUAGUGUUUUGGUAUAAAAAAAUUAUUUGAAAAUUUCAGGAAAAUUCGCUUAAAACCCACAAAUAAAAACAAUUUCAAAUAUCUUGCUGUUUAUUUUCAUUACGAUUCUCCAAAUAAAAAAGAUAAAACUUGGAUUUGUGAAAUGAAGCGAGAUGUGAAGAUUUUGAAUCAUGAAGGAGAAGAUGAUAUUGUUCGAAGUGCUCAAGAUUGUUAUGAUUGCGAUUCGACAAAUUGGGGAUUCACUCAUUUUGUGAGAUUAUCGAAAUUGUUGUCUGGAGAUUAUAUUAUUGAAAAUGAUGCAAUUGUUGUUGAAAUCGAUUUUAGCUUCAAAUAUUAUGAUUUUUCGAGAAAUGUUCCGAAUUAUAGUGAUUUUGAGAUUAUUGUUGAUGGAACUGUGUUCAGAGUUAAUAAAGGGGUAUGUUUUUGUGAGCGCCUCUGGCGCGAGUGUAUGUCCCUUUAGCUUUGGGGUACAAUGUAUGCACCUUUAAUCAUUGCUACAGUAAUCUAAAGUGACAUACACUCGCUCCACUCGAGCCUGCUUACGCGGAUUUUUGAUCUACACUCGCGCCAGAGGCGCUCGAGGUACUGUACUUGUUCCGAGCGUCUUUGGCGCGAGUGUAGAUCAAAAUUCCGCGAAUGCGGUCUUCGAGUGUAUGUCCCCUUUAGGUUUAGGGGUACAGUAUGCACCUUUAAUCAUUGCUACAGUAAUCUGAAUGGACAUGCACUCGCUUCGCUCGAGCCGCUUUACGCGGAAUUUUCAUCUGCUCGCGCCAGAGGCGCUCGAGUACUGUACUUGGUCCGAGCGCCUCUGGCGCGAGAGUUUAGAUCAAAAAUCCGCGUAAGCGGCUCGAGGCGAAGCGAGUGUAUGUCCCUUUACAUUACUGUAUGAGCCUUUGAACUUAGCUACAGUAAUCUAAAGGGACAUACACUCGCUCCCGCUCGGGGGUACACGGUCUACGCACUUGCGCCAGAGGCGCUCGAGUGCUACUUUUGUUCCGAGCGCCUCUGGCGCGAGUGUAGAUCAAAAAUCCCGCGUAAGCGGCUCGAGCGAAGCGAGUGUAUGUCCCUUUAGACCCACUGUAGGAAUGAUUAAAGGUGCAUACAAUACCCCUAGCUUCGCUCGAGGCCGCUUACGCGGAUUUUUGAUCUACACUCGCGCCAGAGGCACUCGAGGUACUGUACUUGGUCCGAGCGCCUCUGGCGCAGUGUAUGAAUCAAAAAUCCGCGCAAGCGGCUAGCGAGCGAGGGGCGAAGGUGGCAAUGCCCAUGUGGCUUUAAGGGGUACUGUAUGCACCUUUAAAUAUACCGAAUGUUUUGCAGAAUCUUUGCUCGCGAGUCGAUUUUUUCUAUGAUUUAUUCGUUGUCAAGAAAUAUGAAGGAGACUUCAAUCACUCUUCAAAAUAAUAUUGAUCCAUCAAUAAUUCGACAAUUUUUAGCAACUUGUUAUCCCUGGAUUUACGAAAAUUAAAACUGUAAAAUUGGAUGAACUUGUAAUGUUUUCUGAUGAAUUUGGAGCGAGAGAUUUGAAGCGGAUUUGUGAGAAAUAUUUGAUGAAAUCGGAAAAAUCGGAUUUUGAGAAAAUCGAAUAUGCGGAUAAAUAUGGAUUGUCGGAAUUGUUGGAUAAUUGCUUGAAAUCAAUGACAUCUUCAGGAGAUAUCAAAAAAAAACUACAGAAAAAUCUGGGAUUUUUGAGAUUGAAGGAUGCGACAAAAUUGAGUAUCAUGGACAGAUUAUUGGAAAUUGUAUGA